AUGGAAGGUCCGAGGAACCGGAAACAGCGACGAGCAGCAGCGGCAGCAGCGACAACUGUCGACAGCGACACGUUCGAUCCCUCCUCAAUCCCCCUCGCGCGCCCUGCACCGAAUCCCCCGAAGAGCAAGGAGAAGACGUUGAUGGACAUUAUAUCUGAACGGCAAAGCGAACUUUUAGGCCAGGCAAACGCCCCGACUGGGAGCUCUGACUCGAGUCCCCGGUUUGUGACCAUCGACCCCACGACCGGAGACAUUUCCGGCCUCAACGCAUCGGAGCUCGCGGCGGUAAAAAACGGGCAGGAUAUCAGACGAGUUGAAGAAGUCACGGACGAAACGGCAUCCACUGAGGAGGAAGAAGACGAACCUGAAGAGUCCGACCAUCCUAUCCCGCCCGUCAUCGACACGCUCCUGCUGUCAGUCCCCCUGACCACCCUCCACCUGACCCUCGCGUACCUCGCAGCCCAUCAAUAUGCCGAGUCCAUCGAACUAGACAACCUCGUCCGCGAAUCAGUAUUCGUGGCCUUUCCGAUGCUGACCCUGCUGGUCCAUCUUGCUCACGGACACGUCGUCUCCUUCAUUGGCAGCACUGGCAGGUCGAAGUCCACCGAGACGGUCUCGCUUCUGCCCUGGGACAGCGAGAAACUGACGUUAGAAUUCUUCCGAAAACUGCUCUUUCCUCCGGCAUUACGUACCAUGGUGUUCCUGCCGAUGGCGGUCGCUCUUGGCUGUAAGCUGAUGGUCAUAACCAACGACGAACCAUACUACGCGGUGAUGAGGGGGGCACCCGCCAUCGGGACAAUAUGGAUCUGGAGCAUUUUGGAGAUACCGUUUGGGGCAGCCGUUAUCGGGGCGCUGGGGCCAUUGGCAUGGGGGGUAUGGUGGAAAGGCUACGGGAUACUCUGA